AUGGGCACGACACUGCUAGUACACCCGACGUCUCUGAGCCUGCUGACGCUGCGCCGCGCCUCGGCCAGCUCAGGCAGCGGCGCCUCGGCCUCGCCGACCUUCCGCACCGUGCAGUCCAGCACGCCGCUCGCGCUCCCCUCGCGCUUUCCCGCCUCGGCGACGCCGCACGCGGCCGUACGGCCAAACGGGCAUGUGUACGUGUAUGCGCGCUCGGCGCCCGUCGUGUGGGAGUACGACGCGCGUGGGCGGCGCAUCGGCGAGAUCAGCGCCAGAGAGGGCGUGGAGCACGUCGCUGCGUUCGCCGGCGGCGUGGUCGUGUCCUCGGGCUCGGAGCUGCGCGUGUGGAGGCGCGUGAACGGCAAGUGGGCGCCGACGGGUACGCUCGACGCCCCGGCAGGAAUCACUGCCCUCGUGGGAGGGGGAGACGCCGUCGUCGUCCUCGGCGAGGAGGUGGUCGCGUUCGACUCUGACGGCCGCCGGACGGUGCUCGAGGGCAUCGAGGUGCCAGUCACAGCAGCAAGAGUACUCGCCGACCCGGCGUCGCUCGUCGUCCCCUCCGCCGACGGCGUCGCUCUCGUCGCGCUCAAGACGGGCGAGCAUGCCUCAGCACAGGUCAACUGUGCCGUCGCGCACCUAGCGAGCAGCGGCAAGCGGCUAGCCCUCGCCGCCGAGGGCGCGCGGGGCGAAGUCGCCGUGCUGAAUGUCGACGAGCUGGCCACGGCGCCGACUACCCUGUCGUUCGGGCACGAGGUUGCCGGCUUGGUCUUCGUUGACAGCGAUAUCCUCGCUGCGCGCACUGCCACGGGAAGACUGUUCAUUGUCGAUCUUGCUGGGCCGUCGCUGCGCCCGACCGAGGUGGCGCUCGAGCAUCCCGUGCUCGACGCGGUUAGCUUACCCCCCGUCGAAGCUCCCCGCCGCGCGCGCUCCACGCCGUCGUUAGCCCGCAACGUCCUCGCCGAGAGCAAGGCGACCAACGUCCCCUCGUCGCCUGUCAGCCGCGGCUUUGACGACAAGAAGGAGCGCGGUGUGGAGGAAAAGAGAGGCGAGCGGACCGUCAGCGCGCCAGUGCGUCAGGCAGCCGCUGCGCUGCCUCGCCCAAGUACCCGCGCAGUGUCUAUCGCGACGCCGACUUCUGGCCCGGUGCCCACACGCCAGCCCAGCUCGGCGAGGUUACGCGCCUCAGCGGCGGUCGAGCCGAUCGAGGAGGAGAGCAUCAGCCCGCGCUCGCGGAGAGGCUCCACGCCGCCAGAGGACCGCGACGCGCCGCCGACGUGGGAGGCGUACGACGAGAUGCGGCGCGAGAUUGCCAACCUCCAGCUGGAUGUGCUGCGCAUGGGAAGAAAUCUCAAGAAUGAGAUCCGCUCGGCUAUCAGCCCGUUGGUUGACGAGCUACGAGCCAGCCGCGAGGUGAUUGCCAAGCAGCAGGCUGAGAUUGAGCGGCUGCGGCGGGGCUAUUAG